GGUUGAGGGAGCUUGACGCUCUGGGGUUGCCAGGGUGACGGGGAUACAACAUGGCGCGCUGACAAGUUCUCGGCGCCGGGAGCGGAGGGUGGGGGGCCCUGGCGCUUCAGAGAGGACCCUCGCCGCCCCACACCCCCCUCCCCACCGGAGGGCACGCGCGGGGAAAGCGAGCGGAGGAUGAACAAAUAUAAAACGAUUGGUAAGAUUGGCGAGGGAACAUUUUCUGAUGUUCUGAAGGUACAAAAUUUCAAAGAUGGACAAUAUUAUGCAUGUAAACAAAUGAAACAGCAUUUUGAAAGUAUCGACCACGUGAACAGUAUGAGAGAGAUACAAGCACUAAGGCGACUGAAUCCACAUCCAAAUAUCCUCACGUUGCAUGAAGUGAUAUUUGACAAGAAAGCCGGUGCUGUGGCUUUGAUAUGUGAACUCAUGGACAUGAACAUUUAUGAACUGAUCAAAGGGAGGAAAAAACCAUUUCCCGAAGGAAAAAUAAUGAAUUAUAUGUAUCAGUUAUGCAAGUCUCUUGAUCACAUGCACAGGAAUGGGUUAUUUCACAGAGAUGUAAAACCAGAAAACAUAUUAAUAAAGCAGGAUCUUCUGAAGCUUGGAGAUUUUGGUUCCUGCAGAAGUAUACACUCCAAACAGCCUUAUACAGAGUACAUCUCUACGCGCUGGUACAGGGCACCUGAAUGUCUUCUCACAGAUGGGUACUACAGUUAUAAAAUGGACAUGUGGAGUGCUGGCUGUGUGUUCUACGAAAUUGCAAGUUUCCACCCACUCUUUCCUGGAUCUAAUGAACUGGACCAAAUAUCAAAAAUCCAUGAUAUUGUAGGUACUCCUCCCAAGAAGAUUCUUAAUAAGUUCAAACAGUCACGAGUGAUGAGCUUUGAUUUUCCCAUCAGAAAAGGAAAAGGAAUCUCUCCAUUUAUGCCUAGCUUGUCAAACAAGAGCCUAACUCUUAUGUAUGCAAUGAUACAAUAUGAUCCUGACGAGAGGAUCUGUGCCCAUGAAGCCCUACAGCACCCUUACUUCAGAGAAUUAAGGUUGGCAGAGAAACAAGCUUUGACCAUACGCAGAAGAAUGAGAUUAGCAGAAAACCCAUUAGAAAGGGAGACUCUCAGCUUGCGUCGUAUUUCAAAGGAGGAUCAAAGGCAGAACUUUCUUAGGAGAGCCCAAGAGAAUCCACUGGGACGUCGUGGAUUUCCCUAUUCAGUGGAGUUGCCCAAACUGGCUGUUCCUGAAGUAACCAACUUGACUUCUUACCCUAAUCCUCCAUUUCAGUCAGUUUUUCCUCUCCCAGCAACCAACGGGCAAGUCCAAGUGUUACACCCCAUAACAUAUUUUGGGACACACUGCAAGUCUGAAAGACAGACGGAAUUUAAAUCUCCUGUGAAACACUACCACUUGCCUGCUCUGGGAAGAAGAGGUGGUUACUGAUGGACUAAGAAUCCCUUGUGCUCGCCAAUACUUUUGAAAGGUACACUAACAGCAACAGUGCCUUAUCUUCUCAAAUGCUGCAGCAAGAUGCUACAAUAUUAUUAUUUUUGUGCUUAACUUUUU